AUGGCCAGACUCAAUGACUAUGCAGCUCCUGCAGAGUCAGUCGAAGCGCUGAAACGGCGCUUUGUCCGACAGAACCGCGAUAUCGUUCGAGUCAACUCCAUGCAAUCUCUCCGCAUCCGCAGUCUCGAAUCAGAGGUCUCGCAUCUUCUGGCGGAAAACGUCACUCUACGCGAGCAAAUCAUCAAUCUCACUCAAGAGAUUGAACGCUACGAGUCGGCCAAGAAACUCAAUGAGGGCAUCUACGCUAUCAAGGCACGACUGGAUCGAAAGCUGGCCGAGAUGAACGCCUUGACCUCAGAGCUGGGUAUGCUGCCUCGUCGAGUGGGCCGAUUGCCGGAGAGCAAAUCUGAGAACGAACCCGAUCGAUCCAAAGGAACUGCGGCGGAGACAAGGCCACGAGCUGCGGAUGGGGAUGCGGAUGCCAACGUGGCGGAUGAAAAUGGGAGACUUUCUCCCAUUGUGGAAGACAAAUACUAUCCUCGGAAAACCUUGGAGCAACAAGAAAUCCGCGAACUCGUCCACAACGAUGAGACUGACGAGAACCCUUCGAAACAAGAUAUACCCUCUGCGGACGAGGAAAUGCAUCAUUCGGACCACGAACUCCAUCAUCCUGAUAGUUCACCAAUCACUCGUCAGACACAGGAGACGACCGAUGCGACAUCCCUCCCCCCAACCCUCGAAACCCGGAAAAAGAAAAAGAAGAAGAACGACUCGGUCAAUUCGCUCUUCAAGCCACUGCAGGACGCCCGGUCAGAGGCCUCGAUCACACUACCGCAGCCCGCAAAAUCAGGGUCAAAGCGCAAGUUCAGCCCUGAUGAAGACGGGUUUUUGUCCGAGGUCACCUCUGGUGAUGAUGAGUUCCAGUUCAGCCGGCCGAAUAAGAGCCCCUCAAAGAAGGGCGACGUCUUUGGAUUGACGAAUUCAAGGUUGUCUCCGGUGAAAGUGGCCAAUAGCGUGGAACCAGAAGCUGCUCCUGCUCCUGCGCCUGCGCCUGCGCCUGCUCUGCCAGUGAUCUCGAGUCGCAAGGUCCUGGAGCCUAAGUGCGCAAAUGCCAACCUCAAAUCUCCUCAAAAGGCCCGGAACUCUGUCAAAGCAGACAAACAGGUCGAUCGCGUGCUGGCAAGAUCCGGCGAGAACGAGAAUACGUAUUCUCCGCAAAAACCCAAGGUUCUAGAUGUUGGCGAAGGAGAAUACCUGAGUCACAAACCCCGGGUGAUUCGCCUCGCCGGUAUCUCCCAAAAGCCGAAGCGCUCUAGUCGAAUCAUCGAGCAGGAAGAGCCGAGCACGACUGAAACCCAAGCUCCCUCUGCGAGGGAUUCGCCCCGAGUAAAGUCCGGAGAAGAAGCGUCAAUUGCAGAAGGGGCUAACGCGUCCCGUCCAUCACGGCGUCGUGGGACCGUCGUCAGCUACGCAGAGCCGAACUUGCGGGCGAAAAUGCGGCGACCUUCUACAGGGUUCACGGAUGCUGUGUCUGGAGCCGGUUCUCGUCGGUCGUCAAGUUUCCAAUUCACCCAGACCGACGGCUCUGGUGAGGCCCAUACCACGCAGUCUCGCGGCAGUCCCCAAUCAUCUUCAAAGGGAAACACGACGGGUGGCGAGUCCGGAUCUCAAGAUAGUUCCGAUCUUCUGCAGGCAACCAUCUCUCGGCGCCGGCGCAAGGUUUCUUCGGAUGAUUUGCUCGAUUCAGCCCCCGCCGAAGCUUCGUCCAAAGAGAAAGACCAAGCUAGCGCUCUUAAAGAGAAGACCAGCGCAAGAGGCUUGUCGAGAAGACACUCCUCCAACAUCAAGAGCGCGAGCGUCUCUCGCGAUCCCUCGCGCCAUGAGAUGGACAUGGUCAGUGAUAUGGAUAGUAGCUUCGAGGCUGAUGAAUCUGCUUCUCGACGGGAGACGCGCAUCGCUGCCCGGAGAAGAAGUAUGAUGGUUUGA